ACUUUCUUACCUCCCACAAGUAAAGAACUGCUGAAGAGAGAACUAGCCUGACAGAGUUUAGGAUAAAUAACGUUGCUGACUGUGAUGUAGAAAUGGAUAGCAGUGUCUCAAGUUUUGAAAACCGCGUCCCAAGCUCAGGUCGCGUUGCUGCAUACUCAGACGCUGUGUUUUCAAUAAUUGCCACGGUUAUGAUUCUUCCAGUUACUCACACUGUAAUUCCAGAAAAUAAGGAUCUUCGCUCAACCCUGAUACGUCUUAUCCCAAAUAUUACAGUAUAUAUAGUUUCUUACUUAAUUGUGUCAGGAAUCUGGAUUUCUCAUGUUUGGCUGUUUGAAACAAUCCAGAGAGCUGAUGAGGUUGUUCUGUUUUUAAAUCUGGCUUUGUUAAUGGUUGUUACAUUUACCCCUUUUGUAUUCACACUUCUUGGACAGUUUUCUGAGUCAAUGGAAUAUUUGGAGAAAUAUGAUGUUUUACCUGUGGUGCUGUUUGCUGCUACAUUCAUGUGCCUAUUUGGAAUACAGAUAGUCCUUAUUUAUUAUGUGUUCAAAGUGGAGAGGAUAAUGAAAGUAGAAGUUGUCCAAAAUGAAGACAAGAUGCAGCAAAGAAAUGCCAUGUUGUGGGGCGCAGGAAUUCCCAUGAUUCUCUGCAUAUUAGCCAUCAUCUGUGCCCCCUUCUCACCCUUAGUGGGUUUAAUAGUGCUUGCACUAAUUGUUGCAUCAGGUGCUAUAAGGAAGUGGGCCUACAAGAUAUAUGAAAAAUACAGAGGAAAUAGGGACAGCUCCAUGCUUCUACAUAUAAAUGUUAGACACAGACUUCUUAAGGAAGUUGUCAACAAAGAGAGAGUGGAGUGCUUCAGCGAUGGAGUCUUUGCGAUUGUUGCAACACUUAUCAUAUUGGAUAUUUGUGAAGAUGACAUCCCUACCAUAGAUGAUGUCCGAAAGUUUGGUACUGUUUCUGCAGCAUUGUCUCAGCACAGUAACAUUUAUGUGGCUUAUGCUGCAACCUUUAUAGCAGUAGGACUGUUAUGGUCUAUGCAUCAUACACUUUUACAUUAUAUGAUGAAUAUGAACCGACUGAUGGUUUUCUUCAAUAACUUGGCAUUGGCCUGUAUUGGCCUCAGUCCUCUGGCAUUCAAGAUGACAACUGCAUUUGAAGAUCAUAAAUAUGGUAACAAUAGUAUGACAGCUGUCCAGUUCAAUACAGCCAUCUUAUUCCUGGCAGCCAUUUUCCAGGUGGCAGUAUGGGUGACAGCUCUCUUUCACCAGAAUGUUCACGUGACGCAGGAAGCAGCCUAUUCCGGCAGAGACCAUGCCUACAUCACCAUAAAAUUGUCCAUCUUUCCACUCCUUAGUUUGCUGAUUUACUUCAUGAGUUUUGCAUCAGAAGCUAUAUCUGUAACAGUUUUCAAUGCGAUGCUUCUUGGAAGUCCAGCGUUGUUCUUGCUUUUGCGUGUUUUGUACCCCCAGUGCACCAAAUUCUGUAGCAGAAGAAGGAAUGCACACCAGGCAGCGCUGUCAAUAAUACGCCAAGAAGUGCCACCACAACUGUUUGGAGACAAUUAAGAUUAUUUGACUUAUAAUCAAAAUAUACUGCAUUUAAAAAUACAUUUGAUGUAUGUUUAUUAUUAUAUCAUUGUUGCAUAAAAUGGAAUUUAUUGUGGCAGCUAAAGGAUUUUAAAACACACAUAGCCUUUGAUUAUGCGCAAAAAUAAUUUUUGGAAAAAAG